AUGUUGUCGGCUCGUUCCGCUAUUAAGAAACCUGUGAGCCGUGGGUUGGCCUCUUUGGCUAAUUUGACUAGAGACUCCAAGGUUAACCAAAACUUGUUGGAAGAUCAUUCAUUUAUCAACUACAAGCAGAACUUGGAGUAUGUGGAUAUUGUCAGAAAGAGAUUGGGCAGACCUUUGACUUAUGCUGAAAAGAUUCUGUACGGUCAUUUGGAUAAACCACACGAGCAAGAGAUCGAGAGAGGUGUUUCUUACUUGAAAUUGAGACCUGAUCGUGUUGCUUGCCAGGAUGCUACUGCUCAGAUGGCUAUCUUGCAAUUUAUGUCUGCUGGUUUGCCUCAAGUGGCUAAACCUGUGACUGUUCAUUGUGACCAUUUGAUUCAAGCUCAAGUAGGUGGUGAAAAGGAUUUGAAGAGAGCCAUUGACAUGAACAAGGAAGUUUAUGAUUUCUUGGCUUCUGCGACUGCUAAAUACAACAUGGGUUUCUGGAAACCUGGUUCUGGUAUUAUUCACCAGAUCGUGUUGGAAAACUACGCUUUCCCAGGUGCUUUGAUCAUUGGUACCGAUUCUCACACUCCAAACGCUGGUGGUUUGGGUCAAUUGGCUAUUGGUGUCGGUGGUGCUGAUGCAGUCGAUGUCAUGUCCGAUUUGGCUUGGGAAUUGAAGGCUCCAAAGAUCUUGGGUGUUAAAUUGACCGGUAAGAUGAACGGUUGGACUUCUCCAAAGGAUAUCAUCUUAAAAUUGGCUGGUAUCACUACCGUUAAGGGUGGUACUGGUAAGAUUGUCGAGUAUUUCGGUGACGGUGUUGACACUUUCUCUGCCACUGGUAUGGGUACUAUCUGUAAUAUGGGUGCUGAAAUUGGUGCCACCACUUCUGUCUUCCCAUUCAACAAAUCCAUGGUUGAGUAUUUGGAUGCUACUAAGCGUGGUAAGAUCGCCGAAUUCGCAAAGAUUUACAAGGACGAUUUGUUGUCGGCUGACGCUCACGCCGAGUACGACGAAGUUGUCGAAAUCGAUCUAAACACUUUGGAACCUUACAUUAACGGUCCAUUCACUCCAGAUUUGGCUACUCCAAUCUCCAGGAUGAAGGAAGUCGCUGUUGAAAACAAAUGGCCUUUGGAAGUUAAGGUUGGUUUGAUCGGUUCUUGUACUAACUCUUCUUAUGAAGAUAUGUCUCGUUCCGCUUCUAUCAUCAAGGAUGCUGCUUCUCACGGUUUGAAGGCAAAGUCUAUCUUCACCGUUACCCCAGGUUCCGAACAAAUUAGAGCCACCAUUGCACGUGAUGGUCAGUUGGACACUUUCAAAGAAUUCGGUGGUGUUGUCUUGGCCAACGCUUGUGGUCCAUGUAUCGGUCAAUGGGAUCGUCAAGACAUUAAGAAGGGUGACAAGAACACUAUCGUUUCCUCUUUCAACAGAAACUUCACUUCUAGAAAUGAUGGUAACCCAGAGACUCACUCCUUUGUUGCUUCUCCAGAGUUGACUACCGCUUUCGCCAUUGCUGGUGACUUGAGAUUCAACCCAUUGACUGAUAAGUUGAAGGACAAGGAUGGUAACGAAUUCUUGUUGAAGCCACCAACCGGUGUCGGUCUACCUGUUAAGGGUUACGAUGCUGGUGAGAACACUUACCAAGCUCCACCAGAGAACCGUGAAUCUGUUACCGUGCAAGUUUCCCCAACUUCUGACCGUCUACAAGUCUUGAAACCAUUUGAGCCAUGGAAUGGAAAGGAUGCUCUUGACAUGCCAAUCUUGAUCAAGGCCUUGGGUAAGACAACCACCGAUCAUAUCUCUAUGGCUGGUCCAUGGUUGAAGUACAGAGGUCACUUGGAAAACAUCUCCAACAACUACAUGAUUGGUGCUAUCAACGCUGAAAACAAGAAGGCUAACUCUGUUAGAAACGUUUACACUGGUGAAUACAAGGGUGUUCCAGACACUGCUAGAGAUUACAGAGACCAAGGUAUCAAAUGGGUUGUCAUUGGUGAUGAAAACUUCGGUGAAGGUUCUUCUCGUGAACAUGCCGCCUUGGAACCAAGAUUCUUGGGUGCUUUCGCCAUCAUCACUAAGUCUUUUGCUCGUAUCCACGAAACUAACUUGAAGAAACAAGGUUUGCUACCUUUGAACUUCAAGAACGUUGCUGACUAUGACAAGAUUAACCCAGAUGACAGAAUUGACAUCUUAGGUUUGAAGGAUUUGGCUCCAGGUAAGAACGUCACCAUGAGAGUUCAUCCAAAGGAUGGUAAGCCAUGGGACUGUGAAUUGACCCAUACUUUCAACAACGAACAAAUCGAAUGGUUCAAGGCCGGUUCAGCUUUGAACAAGAUCAAGAGCGAGAAGGCUUGA